AUGGCGAACACUGCCUGCUCCUACCAUGCCACUGCUAGACUUGUUAGUGUCUUCUCCGACCAUCUUGACGUCCCUGCUGAUGCGUUUGUGUUACAGUCUCGAACUUCUGGAUUCCCUAAACGCCGUUCGAAUGGCAUGCGCAACAAAGUCGACUCCGAAGUCAACAUGAGAGCCCUCGUCAUCAAGGUUUCGCAACAGCAGCACGACAUCUCCAAAUCUCAAGCCGAGAUAUUGAAGAGCCAGCACAGCAAUUACCACACUCUACUUGAGAUUACAGAAAACAUGCAACACACGAUCGGCCACAUUCAGACAGUCAAGGAGGAUGUACAGAUCAGUGACAAGAUUGCAUUCGCUGCUGGAUUUGGUUGUGGUCUGCUUGUAUUGUUGGCUAUCUGGAUAUCUCCCUUUGGUGGCAAAGACAAGGACGACGAUGCUGAGAAAUGA